ACACGUUAAUGCAUCAUUGGCUCAGCCGGUGUGUGCUGUGAUAUUGAGAGGUCAUACAUUUUCAAAAGUCGAACUUAUUGGACCAGGGAAGAGCCAGGAUGUCUGGAGAGUUGUCGCUCAACAUUAACAUUAAGGAACCUAGAUGGGACCAGGGAACCUUCAUGGGCCGUGCAAAACACUUCUUCAUGGUCACAGAUCCCAGGAACGUCCUGCUGUCCUCUGAGACUCUGGAGGAGGCCAGAGUAAUAGUAGAGAACUACAGAACCGGCACCGUAAAACCGGGUUUGACCGAGGAUGAGCUCUGGAGAGCCAAGUACAUUUACGACUCUGCUUUCCAUCCCGACACUGGAGAGAAGAUGUUUGUGAUUGGUCGGAUGUCUGCUCAGGUGCCCAUGAACAUGUCCAUCACAGGCUGCAUGCUCACGUUUUACAGGACUACUCCAGCAGUUGUGUUCUGGCAGUGGGUUAACCAGUCCUUCAACGCCGUUGUAAACUACACCAACCGCAGCGGAGACGCUCCCAUCACCGUGAACCAGCUUGGUGCCGCUUAUGUUAGCGCAACCACAGGGGCCGUGGUCACUGCACUGGGACUCAAGUCUCUUGCUACGCGACUCCCCCCAAUCGUCAGUCGGUUUGUCCCUUUUGCUGCUGUUGCUGCUGCCAACUGUAUCAAUAUCCCCUUUAUGAGGCAGAGGGAGCUGAAGUAUGGGAUCCCUGUGAUGGAUGAGAACGGAAACAGGUUAGGAGAAUCUGCCAAUGCUGCCAAACAAGCCAUUGUCCAGGUGGUGGUGUCCAGGAUUGGCAUGGCAGUGCCUGCUAUGGCCAUUCCUCCUGUUAUAAUGAAUGCUCUGGAGAAAAGAGCCUUUAUGAAGCGUUUUCCAAUUCUAAAUGCUCCUGUCCAAGUUGGUCUAGUUGGUCUAUGCCUGGUGUUCGCUACUCCUCUCUGCUGCGCCCUGUUCCCUCAGAAAAGCUCUAUGAGCGUAAGCGGGCUGGAAACAGAUCUGCAGGAGAGGAUACGGCAGUUAAGUCCAGACACCAACACUGUCUACUUCAACAAGGGCCUGUAGGCACAUGCGCAGAAAACAUGCAAACAUACACAGAUUUGUCUGUCACCAGAGGAACAAGUUGGAGUGUUUAAAAAAAAAAAAAAAGAGAUUAUUUGUGGUUUUACAUUAAUCUUGGUUUUGUUACAUGUUCAGUUGUUGUGUUUUUAUGUAGUCUUCCUCUGAUUGAUAACACAAGCAACUUCUGAUCACUCAUUGGUGGUUUUCUCAUGUGCAUUUUAAGUCUUGUAGAGUUUUAAAUGAAGGCUUUUCAUAUUAGUCGUCUCUAUUUACUCCUGAGUGUAAGGUUGCCUUGUGUGUCUGAUCUUUAAAACUUUGUUUUAACCUGGGUUUGCCACCUACAGCAUCUUGACUCUUACUCUACAAAUAGCUGUGCUUUGGUUUAAAUCUAAAUGUUAUACAAAGGACAAUUUAGCCCUUUCUCUGUAUUAUCUUGCAGAAAAUAUAACAAAUUAGGUGUAAUCCUUAUCCUUUUUUUCCCAUAAAUUAGCAACUUUCUUCUAAAAGCUAAAAUAGAAAUACGAUUUUUAUUCUUUACACUAAAAGAAGCAUAUUUUAUAUAGUGGGUAUUUAUAAAAUGUAAUAAGUUCACAUCAGUUUUACAGCUCAGGUAAGAAUUUAAUUAGUUGGAGGAAAGUAAGAAAUGGUCGAUUCUGACUCCUAGUUUAGACAUGCCAGCUGCAGAGGGGGGAAAUAUUUGCUUCUUUUCUCUGAUUAGAGAACCAUGGUUUUUAUUUUCACUAAAAACAGUGUCCUAAUCGUAUUUCCUGUUUUGUUUCACACUGCCUCUCAACCAGAGCAGCUCUCCUUAAAGUGUACUUAACGCCUUUAGGUACAUGUAGUUCACAAUAUAUUUAGAGGACAUGCUUAGUGUCUAUAAUGCCACUCAGAAGAAGCCACACAACAACCAUUUCCUAUCUGUUGACAUUAUUUUCAGUGGUUUUGCUGUUAUCUACACAUCAUUAUAAAAGGAAGCAGAAAAAAAGAUCUGCUCUUAUUUCAGAUAGCAGCAUAUGGACACCAGAAUUUCUUCUUUUUUGUAAGAUACAGUAGUUUUGUCAUGUCCAUGCGAGUGUUAGCUAUCUAGAAGACUUUGAUAAGCCAUUGAGAUUCUGUUUAGCAAAAUAAACCACUAAAGGUUUUAAAAUGUCUAAAAGUAAUGUUGCUGCUUUGAUCAGUUAUUUAAUGAGAUCACCAAACAUCAUAAAGCGAUUAUGUUUGAGGGUAUAUUACAGUGAUUGUUGUGAAUAAACUCCAAAUGAUGUAGAUUUUCUGAAUACCUAUAUAUGAUGUAUAAAGUGUUAAGCACAGAUAUAUAUGCACUGGAGCGUAAUUUUAGCUGCUUGUUAAGAGAUUUGCUACAUAUGAUUUAGCUAAAUGACCUUCUGUCUGAAUUUAUCUUCUGACAAAACUCACUAUUUGCAAUUUACCAGCAAUCAUCUAACACUUGUGCUGUGUGAUGUUUUGUAUCUCUGGUAGGAUUAUGAAUAUAUUUACCGUACAUGAAUGACUGUACAGGCUUUGUAAUUGUGUAAAUGUAAACUGCUGGAAAUGGAGUAACUGCCCUAUCGUUUUGUGUUCUUACUCAGACUUACAGAUCAUUUUUGAUAAAUUAGAAUAUCAUUGAAAUUUGUGUUUAUUUUAGACCUACAAAACUUCCCUUUCGCAUGAAUUACAACAAUACAUUUGGAGCCUUAAUGCGCUGCUGAUUGAUUUAAGGAAUCAAAAUGUUUCCGUAUUUUGGGAUGUGUGAAAAGCAAACUCAGUCUGCCCAUUAAGACAAAGUGCUCUAAACAUGGCCCCUGAAAUUAUAGGGAACUUUAGAGUGAGGAACAAUCAGUUUGGGUUUUUUGCAUCUCUUACUCAGAGGAGCUCCAGUUUUAUGAAUUCAGGUUUAUAAUAUAAUUUUAUUUUGUAUUUAUUUUAAUUCCUUACUAACUUCCAGGCAACAUAUUUAUGUUUUUUUUUAUUUGAGACGGAAAGAAUAAAAGGCCUAAGAAUUAAAUGCUCAAAUUAAAGGAUUUAGUAAAAUAGUUUUUAUUUAAUUAUCAGUUUUAUUGUAUGUUCCACUUUUGGACAAUCAUCAAUAUUUUUAACUGGGAGGGGUACUUAUGGUAAGAGGAAAAACGCAAAGGGGUACACAAAUCAAAAAAGUUUGGGAAACACCGAUCUAGACUGGGACUUUGGUUUCUAAGUUAUUACUUAUUUUCCUUUAUUCCAGAAGAACCAAAAAAAAAAACUUAAAAUAUGUCACCGCUAUUUGGUAUAGUCUAUGAAUUUAAGUUUUACAGGUAAAUUACUAAAGUACAUUUUAAAUGGUGUUCUAAUGCAUAGAGAUGUACCAGUAUAUAGCUUAUGUUCUUGGACUUUAUUUUCUGAUAGAUUAAUUUGAACAUCACCUUCAAUAAUCUCCAGAAUGUAUUGAUUUUUUGAUAAAAGUUUUAGUUUAGAGGCCAUCUUGUAAAAUGUAAGACAUUUUUAUUAAUGUCUUUAAAUGCUUAAAUCAAAAACAGAGCGGCAGUGGUUUGUGAUAAAUGCUUGUUUCUGUGUAACCAUGUGAGGUUUUCCUAUUGAAGGUGAUGCUGCACUAUGUUAUAACCUUUGCUGUGCUGCUUAUUGGACCUGACUGGAUUUCUAUUGAAUGUUCUCUUUAUGUUAUAUAUUUAUGAACGAUGAUUGUGAGCCGGCUAAGAGGUAAUCUUUCCAGUCUGCAAACCCUUGAUGCUGAUAACUAAAGAUGACUUUCUGCAAUUUGUUUUUUAGAACUAGAAUAGUUUAUUUCAGCAUUUCUUUGUGACCUGUUGCCUCCAAAGACAAGGUGGCUAAGAAGUGCUUAGAGUAUGAAGUUGUUUGUAUCAGCUUUAUUAUGCAAAUAUCUCUGUAAAGUGCUCCUCAGCUUGAACAGUGCAGCCCUCUACACCGAAUUGUGUAAGAGAAUCCCAAAGCACCGACAGGAAGCUACUGGACUUGAUGUUUAUAAAUGUCAUAUUUUAGUUUUUAUUUUAACACUCCAAAAACACUGUCACCAACUUUCACUCCUGUUUUGCAUGCUUUAACUGCUUAAAGCACAAAUGUAAGGACAAUCCAUGUUAAUAUUACACUCCAUGAAUGUUAUGGUGAGUUUUCUGUAUAUUCAUGUAGACCUGUCAGUAUUGAUGCACAGUAUUCCCUCCAUUUUUGUAUUGUUCAAAAUGUUUCCUUGAUGUCAGAUGUGUUUUACCGACAGCAAUAAAAAGAAAAUGUGUUA